AUGGGUCGACGGAAAUUAGCUCCGUUCAAAUCUAGUUGCUUGCUCGGAAUUUCAGAUUCUUCAUGCAGUGUUGUUGGCGAUAAGUCUAAAUUAAAUGAUGUAUAUUUGUUACCGGCAACCACGAAGAAAGAACUCAACUUCGAUGGUUUAUCACUAAAUUCUCUCAUUGAAUCAUUGUUAUCAACGAAUUUCUCGAAGAAAUUUUUUGCGAAAAACUUGACAAUAGUUAAUGGUAUCGAAGGUAUUCAAUGGAUUGGCUGCAAGAAUUUAACAACUCAAAUUGAUACGGCCAUACAGGUGCUGAACUUAUUGUUUUAUGAUGUGGUUGAGGUGGCAUUUGCUGCUGAUAAUUCCACAUUACCUUAUUCAUCAAGUAUUCGCAAUCCACUCACCUUAUCUGUUCAUUUUUACGUUUACAAUGUUUCGAAUCAGAACAUUACCGAUCAUGUUUCCUUGGAUAUCGUCGAAAUUGAUGUUCCAAAAUCUGAUGUUAGCAGUGAUUAUAUGGAGUUACCAAAAGGAAUGUACUGCAACGGUAUGCAGCCGAGCCAGAUUGGUGCAUCGCUACCGAAUAAAUUCGAGGCAUCUUUCGAUUAUACGGACGUGUAUGGGAAGAUGGUGAACGAUGUCGAUAUGUUGUAUGAUGGCUCCGAGCGAAUCAUAUCGUUCCGUAUGAACGUUCGCACGGAUCGUGAUGCUCCUUUCAUCGGGAACAUAUCUCUGCCGAAAGAUUUCGCUUUGGUGACCGUGAUCCAUGAUUUUAAAUACGGUUUGCAGUAUAUAAUUGAUAGUGAAACGAGUGCAUGUAAGGAAGUGAAAGCAAUUGAGAGCGGUUUCGGUGAUAUUUAUAUGGUGAAUGAUACGACGCAGGAAAUCGAUCUGAAGUCUGCAAAUCAAAUUCUGAUGAAUAUUUCAGCGUCGGAAUUCUAUUAUGGUGGAAAGCGGUUGUCAGAUGAAAAUGCCGAGAUGGCACUGUACGUGUCACGUUCAAACUCAUCGAGUCAAGGCACUUAUACGGUUGUGGAAUUAUUGUUCAGUACUGAACCUUGGGUAUUCGAUUCAGCUGAAGCACCGUUUCUUCAUUCAAUUAUCCAGUAUCAUAAGAAUAAGUCCGAUCAUGAAAUCGGUAGAAGUGUGAUUCGUCUUCACUCAUUCGUUAAUUCAAGCGGACAAGUGAGUAGAUGGAAUGCGUUUUGGACACAUCAGUGUUUGAAGUUGGUUGAGGAUAGUUAUUUGCAUGUGAAUAUCAAGAAUUGUUCGAUGAGUGAUAUGGAACAACUGGGCAUUCCGAGGGUGGAAAGCUCACUGAAAGAGACUAUCGCGCACACGGCACGGGUUUCUGUGCUGAGAGUCGCAAAUUUCUUUUACAAACAGAUUCAAGAGAGCGUCGUUGUAUUCUUUGCGAUAGGCGAGACAUCUGGAGUGGCUCCGGCCAACACAAAGGACAGAAUGAACGAAUCAAGCCUGGCUGAAGCAAUAAAUUGGCUGAAUUCAACUCUGAUGGAUCGCGAUGUUGCGUUCAGUGUGUUUGCAAAGGAUCAGAAGAAGACGGAGUUGAAGUUGGCUCGUAGCAGCCUUGGAUUGAUUCCGUCGCAGUGGCUGCCAUCGCCCGAUCCCCCGUCGCCGUCCUUCAAUGGCUAUACAGGUGGGUCGAUGUUUGUGCUGGGAGUGUUCAUGUUGUUGCUUGGAGCGGCGGUCGGUGUUGGAGGUAUGUUCUUCGUAUGGAAACGGCAACGUAUCAGUGGAUUGGCUUAUCAAGUCUUUGAGUGA